AUUCUGGGAAGAUAAAUACAAGCGUUAGCCCCCCGCCAUUUUGAACAUCUUCCGAAUCUUCUCCGCCGCAUCAUAACGCCAUUAUCAUCAUCAUCACUGUACCGACUUUACCGAAUUCUCAAUUCGAUUUUCUCCGGUUACGAAUGGAUCCGGUUCUUCUGGCGGCGGUGGUCUCGAUCCUCCUCGGGGCUCUGAUCGCACUCGUUUUCUUGGGGAACUACUUCUUGAAGCGCAGAUCCGAAGUUGAAUCCAUUUUCAAACCGGAACUCCAAUCCGACAAGAAUCCCAAGCCCGCCAAGCCUCCUCAAUCUUUCUCCAAGAAGUCUCACUUCAAGCAUCACUCCCAUGCCGCUGAUAAGGAUCAGAACAAGCGACAUCAUCCGUUGGAUAUAAAUACACUGAAAGGGCAUGGAGAUUCAGUCAAUGGUCUGUGUUUCUCUCCUGAUGGGAGGAAUUUGGCAACAGCAUGUGCUGAUGGAGUGGUCAGGGUAUACAAGUUGGACGAUGCUUCAAGUAAAAGCUUCAAGUUCCUAAGAAUUAAUGUGCCUCUUGGUGGUCAUCCAACAGCAGUCACAUUUGGUGAUGACUCAAGUUCUGUAGUUGUGGCUUCUCAAACUCUAUCUGGCUGUUCUUUGUUCAUGUUUGGAGAUGAAAGGGCCAAAACUGCCAAUGAAACUAAGCAACCAGCCAAACCUCCUGUCCCUGAAAUCAAAUGGGAACGUCUCAAAGUCCAUGACAAAAGAGCUAUCCUGACCCUAUUUGGAACAACUGCAAGUUAUGGCAGUGCUGAUGGGAGUACAAUUAUUGUCUCAUGUUCAGAAGGGACUGAUAUUUUGCUUUGGCAUGGAAAAACUGGGAAGAAUUUGGGGCAUGUUGACACCAAUCAGCUGAAAAACAACAUGGCUGCUGUAUCUCCCAAUGGGCGGUUUAUUGCUGCUGCAGCUUUUACUGCAGAUGUGAAGGUCUGGGAGAUUGUAUAUUCAAAGGAUGGUUCAGUCAAGGAGGUUUCAAACGCUAUGCAGCUCAAGGGGCAUAAGAGUGCAGUAACUUGGUUGUGUUUUACUCCUAACUCAGAGCAAAUCAUCACAGCAUCCAAGGAUGGUUCAAUAAGAACAUGGAAUAUCAAUGUUCGAUAUCAUCUUGAUGAGGACCCCAAAACCCUGAAGGUUUUUCCUAUCCCACUUCAUGAUUCCAGUGGCAGUACUUUGCUCUAUGAUCGACUCAGUAUUUCUCCUGAUGGAAAGAUAUUGGCAGCCACCCAUGGUUCCACAUUGCAGUGGUUGUGUACCGAGACUGGAAAGGUCUUGGACACUGCUGACAAAGCCCAUGAUGGUGACAUCACAUGCAUUGCAUGGGCACCUGAGCAUCUUCCAAUAGGAGAUCAGAAAUCCUUGGUUUUAGCUACAUCCAGCGUUGACAAGAAAGUGAAGUUGUGGGUGGCUCCUCCACUCCUUACAUCAUAAAGUAAGCACCGAGUUCUGUCAAUCAUUGGCUAGAAGGAGAUGGUUGUCAAGUUGUUUUCCGAUUUGCUUCAGAAGUUUCUUUUACCCUUACAGGUUCUAUAGCGUUAACACUUCAUAGCGAAGUACACGCCUCCAGCAAAUCUUGUAUACACAAUUUUUCAGGAAAAUAUUGAAUAUAAGCCAACUAAUCUUUGUUCUCGCAUGCCUAGACUGAUCGUACCAAAGUUUUGGCGACAAGGUUUCAUAAAGAUAUAGACACCAUAUGGUGGCUUUGGAUUUUUGAGUGAUCCCAUUUUGAACUUAGUGAUGCUGACGAUGACAUUAAAAGGUUCAAAAAUUCUAAAUGCCUUGUAUACAACUCUAGAGAGACUUGGAUGGAGGAUAUGAAUAAAAUGGUUUUGAUUUACAGAGA